GACCAUCUAAGCUUUUCCUAUUGCAGAGGACCUAGAGAUACAAGGUUUUUGGAGAGUUUACAUAGCUAGGGCUUAAGAGAAAUGGCACACAGAUUGUUAAGAGAUCUGGAAGCUGAUGGUUGGGAACGCUCUGACUUUCCAAUAAUCUGUGAGUCUUGUCUUGGUGACAAUCCAUAUGUCCGUAUGACAAAAGCUGACUAUGACAAGGAAUGCAAGAUAUGUACUCGGCCAUUUACAGUUUUUAGGUGGAGGCCAGGUCGGGAUGCAAGAUUUAAGAAGACUGAGAUUUGCCAAACGUGUAGUAAGUUGAAAAAUGUUUGUCAAGUAUGUCUUUUGGAUCUUGAAUAUGGAUUGCCAGUUCAGGUUCGAGAUACUGCUCUCCAUAUCAAUUCCAAUGAUUCAAUUCCAAAGAGCGAUGUCAACAGGGAGUACUUUGCUGAGGAGCAUGACCGAAGGGCUAGAGCUGGUAUAGAUUAUGAAUCUUCAUAUGGAAAGGUGCGGCCAAAUGACACUAUUCUGAAGCUUCAAAGGACGACACCAUACUAUAAAAGAAAUCGAUCACAUGUUUGUAGUUUCUAUGUUCGAGGUGAAUGCACACGAGGUGCUGAGUGCCCUUAUAGGCAUGAGAUGCCAAUAACUGGGGAGUUGUCACAACAGAAUAUAAAGGAUCGCUAUUAUGGAGUGAAUGAUCCAGUGGCUUUAAAGCUGCUUAACAAGGCUGGUGACAUGCCUUCACUAGAGCCACCAGAGGAUGAAAGCAUCAAAACCCUCUAUGUAGGCGGGCUCGACGCAAGGAUCACUGAGCAGGAUCUGAGGGAUCAGUUUUAUGCACAUGGUGAGAUUGAAUCUGUCAAAAUGGUGCCUCAACGAGCAAUUGCUUUUGUGACCUACACAACUAGAGAGGGCGCUGAGAAGGCUGCAGAAGAGCUCUCCAACAAGCUAGUUAUCAAGGGUCUGAGGCUGAAGCUAAUGUGGGGUAGACCUCAAGUGCCGAAACCCGAGUCAGAAGGUCCAGAAGAAGCAAGGCAGCUGGCAGCAAUGGCACAUAGUGGAAUGUUACCCCGGGCAGUUAUAUCUCAGCAGCAAAACCAAUUACAUCCGCCUGGCACUCAGGACCAACCUCAAACAAUGCACUACUUCAAUAUACCACCUCCACCACAGCAUGAAAGACCCUUUUAUCCAUCAAUGGAUCCUCAAAGAAUGGGUGCUGUUGUUCCAUCUCAAGAUGGGGCUCCCAGUGGACCAUCAGGAUCUGGGGAAAAUGUAUUAGAGAGGCAGCGUGCUCAGCAAUAUCCAUAUGAAGGCAUGCCACCCCCACAUGGGCAAUAUCAGCAACAACUUUAUCCUUCAUAUGGAUAUAUGCCAGCAAUGCCACCUUAUCAGCAGUACCCUCCUCCAUAUCACUCGGCAGUUCCCCCACCACCAGCUCCACAAGCCAGCCACCAGCACCAGCAUUCUGUGCCAUCAUCAAGGAAUCCACCUGCACCAUCUGUUAGCUCUGGACCUCCACCUCCAGGAUCUGGAGCACCAACUUCAUCAAAUGCGUGAAACUUGGAAAUUGAUUACGAUUUGUAUUCUGGCAAGUUCAUUACAUUAUUGGUUACUUUUUAGAUUGAAAUGUCUUUUUUACUUGUAUUUUCUGGUUGUAUUAGUAUUUUACGGUGUACCUGUAAUACUGAUUCAUAGCGGUGCUCAAUCAUAUAUGAAAUCAGAUCAAUAUAUAGAAUCAGGAGGCUUUCUAUAA